AUGGGCACCGUCAUCCGAUUCAAUCGUCUCUCCACUCCCACCCUCCUCCACCGCGUCCCCGCCCAGCUGCAGUCUCACGCACAGGCUUCCACGCCUUCUUCGCCCCGGGGACACUGCAAGGGCCCACCGUUUCGUCACGGCCUCCUCCCGGACCCAAUAUCAUGGCCGAUCUUGGUCUUCACCUUCGAUCUUGUCAUUUUCCGGUGUAUCCGCCGCGGACUGUCCUUCCAGAAAAUGCGGGGCAAUGAAAAGCUGGAACCCGUCGAUGCCUCCUCCCCCUCCUCCCCCUCCUCCUCCUCCCCUUCCUCCCCUUCCUUCCCCUCCGACGCUUUUGCACCUUCUCCAGCUUCGUUAAAGCCUGAAAGACAAGAGUGGGCAGUUCCGGACAGCCCCGAACCUCCUUUCUCCGUUUCCCCCAGCGUUCCCACCCCAUCCCGACUCGUCAACAGCCCGUCCGCUUCCCCUCCCCUCCCCACCGAACCCGCUCCUUCCUUCCUCAUCACCCCUGCCCUCGCCUACCUCCUCCUGAAUGUGGUCACCCUCCUAUGGGGAAGCCAGCACGCGGUGAUCAAAAGUGCCCUGGCGUCCUCCCCCGACUAUCCUGGUGUCUUCAAUCUCCUCCGCUUCGGGCUGGCCUCCCUCUGUUUCUGGCCGUGGACGCCAUCUUUCCUCCCUCCCUCCCUCGGCACCUGCUCGGAGAAUGGGGAAGAGGGCGUGGACGCGGCGGAGAAGGAACGCCAGGGCCUGUGGCGGGCGGGCGCCGAGCUUGGGAUCUGGAUGUUUCUGGGCUUUUCCUUACAGGCCGUCGGUUUGCAACUCACGUCCGCGUCUAGGAGUGGCUUCCUCCUCUACCUGAACGUGAAGCUGGUUCCCCUCUUCGCCUGGCUGCUGCUGGGUCGACGCCCGAGUUUGGACGUGGUCGUUUUUGCUCUGCUGGCGUUUGCGGGCACGGCGCUCCUACUGAGAUAA